AGCAAAGCCCACAGUAGAAACAAAUGUUUAAAGCCCAAAAAGUUGCAGCGUCAGUGGUAGAGAGUAUAUGAGACGAAGUUUGUUCAGUGUGUAAACCCUAGAAGAAAGGCACUGCACUGCACUUGUUCGUUUUCAUCUUCGCCGCCUUCCGAAGAUGAAGUUCAACAUUGCAAAUCCAACCACUGGUUGCCAAAAGAAGCUCGAGAUUGACGAUGACCAGAAACUUCGAGCCUUUUUUGACAAAAGGAUCUCCCAAGAGGUCAGCGGAGAUGCCCUUGGUGAUGAGUUCAAGGGUUAUGUGUUCAAGAUUAUGGGAGGAUGUGACAAGCAAGGGUUUCCAAUGAAGCAGGGAGUUUUAACUCCAGGCCGUGUUCGCCUUUUGCUUUACCGAGGUACUCCUUGUUUCCGGGGAUACGGAAGGAGAAAUGGUGAGCGCAGAAGGAAGUCUGUCCGUGGAUGCAUUGUUAGCCCAGAUCUCUCUGUUCUGAAUCUGGUUAUCGUGAAAAAGGGUGAGAAUGAUCUGCCUGGACUGACAGACACUGAGAAACCAAGGAUGAGAGGACCCAAGAGAGCUUCAAAGAUCAGAAAGCUCUUUAACCUUUCCAAGGAAGAUGAUGUUAGGAAGUACGUCAACACCUACCGAAGAAAUUUCACUACCAAAACUGGGAAAAAUGCGAGCAAGGCUCCUAAGAUUCAGAGACUGGUGACACCCUUGACUCUGCAAAGAAAGAGGGCGAGAAUUGCUGACAAGAAGAAGAGAAUUGCCAAGGCCAAGUCAGAGGCAGCUGAUUAUCAGAAGCUUCUUGCUUCAAGGUUGAAGGAACAAAGAGAAAGGCGUAGCGAGAGUUUGGCUAAGAAGAGGUCUAGACUCUCUGCAGCUUCUAAGCCAUCCAUUGCCGCUUAGUUCACUGGAAUGUAUUUCCUGCUAUUUUGGGUCUGAUUUUAGUUAUUGCUGGAUGUAUUACGUUGUUUUGGUAAUUUUGAGCAUUCCUUGAUAAUUUGAGUCUAUUUGGUAGUACUUCAAGAUUGAAGAUUUUUGUUACUUGACAAUCUUUUAUUUUAUGUUUUUCUU